GAUUUGUGGUUUUGACAGAUGUAACGAGCAGAAAUUCACUUCUUUGUGAAAACGUUUUAGAUUUUUUCCCUAUUUUAUUCUGUUCGCUUCAAUUUUAUUUUUGGUAGUGGUGUAUUAUCUAUAUCACCAUGGUCAAGGCAAAGUCCAAAACUCAAAUGAUGACUCCCGAAGAAAAAGCAGCAAGAGCUGUAAGGGCACGAAAGAGAUUCAGGGCAACUGCUAGGUUAGCUCUGGCAAAUCAAUUUUGGCUGGAGGACUUCUCAGAUAUGAAAUUAGGAGAGAACGUUAUGAGAAAUAUAAGACUUUUGACUCAAAAAUCGAAAAAGAAAAGCAAUUUUACAAUAGAGCAAAAACGAAUUAUGAGCACUCCGAAGGAUCGACGAACUGAGGAGGAGAAAAAAAAGUUACACCGAGUUUUGGGUGGGUUGAAGUGCUUCCGAAGGUAUCCGAAUAGUGUGAAGGAGCAAUUGGCAGAGGUUACGUAUUUUCGAUAUAUACCCCCUAAGAGGACCAUCGUCAGACAGGAUGAUGAUGCAAAAGCGCUGUUUUUUCUCCUUUCCGGUGAGGUGGUCGUUUACAAAACAGUCUUCGAUUCAGUAUUGAGUGAAUGGGUCACUCAAGAAGUUGGAACAAGAGAAGCUGGGUCUAUGUUUGGGGAGGUUUCCUUGUUGCACGGUGUCAAAAGAACUGCUACUGUCGUAACUUCAGAUCAUUGUGAGAUGCUGGUGCUACAUAAAGAAGACUUCGACUCCGUGUUGAAAUCUUCGGUGAUGGCCGAAUGGGACGAAAUUCGCCGAUGUAUGUCGAUGUUCACCUAUUUCAGCUCAUGGGAUGAAAUGACCCUAAGGGAUUGCUGCAUCCUUUCUAAGGUCAAGAUAUACGGCGUUGAAGAACUUGUUCUUGGGGAGGAUAUGGGCGAUAAGAGAUAUGUGUAUUUUAUAAUCGAGGGUCAGUGUCAUCUAGUCGAAUACAUGGAUAUGGAAGUGACAGAGGUGGGCUGUAAGAAGUCGUAUAAACUACUGAGCAGUAUCGAUGAUCACCUUACUUCUGGCGAAAGGGAUAAAUUCGGCGAAGCUUCAACGCAACUUUUAAACGAACGUCAACUGUCGGAGCUGUCAUUGUCUGAUGAAAAUCUACACAAGAAUCAGAGCAAGUAUGUAUCUUUCACUGAUCCAAUGAAAUCUCGCCUCGAAGUUGUUACGAAAUCAAUCAAGACACACUUCAUAAGGGUGGGGACGUUCAACUCCCUAGCUACAUUCAACAUUGGCGAGAACUUCAUUAGACGCUUCAUUAUAACUUCGAAAAAAACCAAGAUACUCCUGAUACCACGCUACUGGUUGAUACAGAAGAACAAAGAGAUCUGGACUCAUAUAAGACAAUUUCUGAAUCAGAGAUUGCCGGACACAAGAUCGAUUUUUCACGAUUUCAUUCAACAGAAAAAGUGGCAUUCCUAUAAGAGGGGUCUGGUGGACGAAAUACUUUCCAACUGCAAGAAGGUAAACCUGAACAACAUUCACAAUGUUCCAUACAGCAUUCGAAUGCAGGAAGAUAUGACCUAUUACGAAUGUGCCGAAAGGAAGAAAAAGAAAUAUGUCCAUAGCUAGACUGCUAUGCUCUUCACAGAAUUCGACUUGGUUAGGGUUCUAAAAUGACGUGCAAGUCAUUUAUAGGAAGUAUGAGGAUGAAUUUUAUUAGGUUAUAAGAUGUCUUCGGCUAAAUAUUGGUUAUCCAACAUAUAAUCCAAUUAAAUAAUGAAUAUAUGAGG